CGAGACUAUUGGGCCGAGAAUCGCUGCAGAGCGCGCGCGUUUGUUUGCCGAACUGGCGCUCUGCAUGUGCGCAGAGGCGCUCGACACUUGUAGGCGUGCCCAGCCGGCAGGCAGGUGGCAGUACAGAGCCUCGCUGCGGCGCCGAGAUGCCCCGCCGCCUCCAGAAGAGCUGGACGGUCAGGCCGCCACUCGCUUGGCCGCCUCCAUGACCAUCAGCACGCUCCUCCCGGGGGGCAACCCUCGCCGUCAGCUGCCGUGCCUGACCAAGAUGGAGCGGGUCGUGGUCGGCAUGCAAGACCCGGAUCUGGGCGUCCAGGUGCGGAAUCAGCGGCUGCUGCUCAGCAUCAUCCCGCACGCUGUAACCGGGACUGACAUUGUGGAGUGGCUCAUCCAGAAAUACAGCAUCUCAGAAGAAGAAUCCCUGCAUCUGGGCAACCUGCUUGUGAAGCAUGGCUACAUCUAUUCUCUGAAGGACCCUCACGCUCUGGUUCUGCGGGGGGAUGAGACUCCCUACAGGUUCCAGACCCCAUAUUUCUGGAUGAGCACCAAGUGGCUGGCCACUGACCUUGAUUACGCCAUCUAUUUGGCAAAGAGGAAUAUCUGCCAGCAGGGUGAACUUGGUGAGCCUGAGAAGGAGGAUUAUAACCAGCUGUGCAAGAGGAUCCAUCACAUUUGGGACUUCGUGGCGAUGCAGGCCCGGGAGCAGCUCUGCGCAGCUAAGCAGCGGAGGAAGGGGGACCGGAUUGUCAUUGAGUGCCAAGAACAGGCCUACUGGCUUGUCAACAGGCCCUCGGGUGGAGUCCUGAAUGUGAGAGGUCAGGGGCCAGAACUAAGGAGCCACUCUGUUACCCCUACACAGCUGAAGAACGUGGACUACUACAAACAGGAGAUCCGCUAUUGCUGCACUGCCAUGGGUAGGACGCGCAUCAAGUCUUCCCUUUGCCUGGAAGGAUACCUCAAGUUCAGCAAGCAGUAUUUGUCCCAUGACCCCAUCAUGUCUGGCUGCCUUCCGAGCAAUCCCUGGAUCACUGAUGACAUCACAUACUGGGCAAUGAAUGCUCCCAGGGUCACAGUCCCCACCAAGCUGCGGGUGGAGCGCUGGAGCUUCGGCUUCAGUGAGCUGAUGGGUGAUGUCUUGGGCCGAGAGCAGCUCCUGGAAUUCCUCCAGAAAGAGUUCAGUGCCGAGAACCUUCUGUUUUGGGAGGCUUGUGAAGAAUUACGCCAUGGGGAAGAGGCCCACAUUGCAGAUGCUGUGGACUCCAUUUAUCAGCAAUUUCUGGCACCCAGUGCCACCUGCUGGGUGAACCUGGACAGCAAGACUAUGGAGCACACCCUGAAGGGCAUCAAGACUCCACACCGCCAUGUAAUGGACGAUGCCCAGAUGCACAUUUACAUGCUGAUGAAAAAGGAUUCAUACCCCCGCUUUUUGAAGUCUGACCUUUACAAGAAGCUGCUUGCCGAGGCCCUUGUGCCUCCGGAGACCAAGAAGCGGGCAUUCCCAUUCAUGCGGAAGCAGCAGCGACACUCGAGCCUGAGUCCCGCCUGCCUGCCCCCUCCCAGUGCCCAUGAAGAGAAGAGCCAGGCUGUGCCCCAGGAGCAUGGCUAAGGGGAACCCUACCCCUUCCCCGAAGCAUUUUUCAUUCCUUAAAAGCUGCAGGACUCUUGCCCCCACCUCAGCGGG